AUGAAAGCUGCGAGCCCACGCACUCCACACCGCGAACAGGAUGUACACCGCGAACGGGAUGAAUUGUCAGCUACCGACUGCAAUGGCCGCAGCAACGGCCAACCCAACUCCGCCGACGUCGGCCUCAUCCCCAUGAACGCUGGGACCUCGCAAGUACCCGGCGUGACAGUUGGUAGCUCAACCUCUUUCAUUAUUGAUGCAACCAGAAUCAGGUCCGACAGUACCAGAAGCGACCUCCAACUAAACUUCUUGCAGUCAACACAACGCGAUAAAGGCGGGACGAAUGCCGUGAAGCCAUCUGAGGGCGACAUCAAAAAUAUGCUUCAGGUAUUAGUAGAGCUAAGUCAGCUUCAAGCUUCACCGAAGGAAUUGGACAGGCAACAGGCAGGGCGAUUUCUGGAAACACUUCAGGAUGCAGAGCGGGAUGUCCUUGCAAGAAUUGAUGUGAGCGAGGUAGAGAAGGCAAAAGUACACCAAAAAUAUGGCGGUUUGACGGGACAGUUGUAUUGCCACUUUUGGGCUUCGAAGUGCAAUCCUGACCAGCUUAUGUUUAUUAUGUUUAUUGAUGGACUGUUAUCGAACUGA